GUGGUUGAGCACAGGAGUACGUGGUGGAAAAGAAAGCUGCAAGAAGGGGAGAGAUGUAAAGCUUUAGGAAGUGACCUGGGGGCCUGUGCCCCUGUGUAGUCAGUAAGUGAGUAUAAGUGUUCUACCUUUCAUUUUUAGGGCUGAGAAACGUCAGCUAGAGAGAUUUCUCUGCCUGGGUUUUGAUCUCCACUGUGAGUGCUCAGGGGAGGUCUGGCCUGGAAUGGAUUAUUGAUUUGAGCAAAGCUAUGUACCUGGAUUACCUUCACUGUGUUACCUUUAAGCAAGAGGGAUGACUCAGGUGCCUGCAGACUACCUGUCAACCACCAGCUCCUUCAACUAUGAGCAGCCCUUUCCCUCCGUGGCUCGGACAAGCACUGUCACCAAGGUACCCCCAGCCAAAAAAAUAACCUUCUUCAAGAGUGGAGAUCCUCAAUUUGCAGGAGUCAAGAUGGCCAUCAACCACCGAAGCUUCAAGAGCUUCAAUGCACUCAUGGAUGACCUUUCUCAUCGGGUCCCACUGCCAUUUGGGGUACGGACCAUCACCACCCCACGAGGAAUACAUUGCAUCAGUGAGCUGGACCAGCUGGAGGAUGGGGGAUGCUACCUUUGCUCUGACAAGAAAUACGUCAAGCCUAUUAGCAUUACUUCUGCAGGACACAGACCAGGCCCUCCACAGAAUGGCCGUCCCUCAAGUACCUUGAGAAGAGCAGCUCAGGAGGGCAAGCUUGGAGAUUAUUCCUCACCUUUCACCCAUCACGGCCCCAGAAUACCGAAGAAAAUCACUCUAGUUAAGAAUGGAGAAAUUGGGUUUCGACGCUCAAUUAUCUUGAACCGCAGAAAUGCCAGGAGUUUCAAAACACUCCUGGAUGAGAUUUCAGAGAUCCUGCAAUUCCCAGUGAAGAAGCUCUACACUGUUGAUGGGAAGAAGAUCGACAGUAUGCAGGCUCUGCUUCACUGUCCCAGCAUGCUGGUGUGUGUUGGCCGGGAGCCAUUUAAACCUGUAUUGAUGGAGAAUUCGAGGAAACACUCAGUGGAGAAGUUGCCUGACCUGGCUCCCCGUUCCAACGGCAACAAUGUCAAUGGAAACAAUGAAAUGGACUUUGGACUGAAAGCCAGAAAAAGUGUUAUCCAUCCACGGUCAGCAUCAAGCAAUAGGUCAAUGAGAUUUUCUUUAUCGUCAGAAAAGUCUUAUCCUAAUGGUCUUGCUGCCUCUCCAGACAACGGUGCACCUUUCUCAAACAGUUGUUCACAUCCAAAACCUGGGGACCUGGUCCAUUCCUUGGUCAAUGAUGACAUAGAAAAACGAGUACACGUGAACAAGGAUGGUAGCUUGUCUGUUGAGAUGAAGGUCCGCUUCCGCCUGCUAAAUGAUGAGACUUUGCAGUGGUCCACCCAGAUAAAAAAGUCCAAUCUGAUGAACCAGAUGCCUUGUGAAGAGUUAGGCAUAGAGGAGGACAGUGGAGUAGACCCCAUACAGAAAAUGAACCCAGAAGCCAGCUCAGAGGCAGAUGAGUCAUUAUAUCCUGGUGACAUUGAUUCUUACAUGUCAAAACUUGAGGAAUCAGAAUGUGAUGAGGCUCAUUGCCAUAGCUGUGGCAAGAAACAUCAGGACUAUGACAUCUGGAAGAAUCCCAUGCACACCUCCCAGAGGGAAGAGCCCAGUGUACGAAGCACCUGGCACGCACGGUCAUCAUGCUCCAGCACAUCUUCCCGGAGGAGAGUAGUCCACAAAAAAAUCGCUUCUGUGGAUAGCCUCCACACCACAUCCAGUGAAGAAUAUUCUGAGCACAUUGUGCAAGAGUCCUCAUCCUACUCAGAAACUGUAGAGAACAGAGUGUCAUAUAGAUCUGUUAAAAAGUGUAGGUGUCGAAGUGAUUUAUCUACAGGUGCUUCCAAUGGAGAAGACCAGCAAGAAUACACUCGGACAAGCACGAGCCACAGUAAGAGACCUUCAUCCUUGGGUUUAAUGUCACAUUCAAGCUGUGAAAACAACCUGGAUACUCAAGAUGUCCCUGAAGACCAUGAGGCCAGCAAAACCAAUUCACAAAAUGAACAAGAAAAUUGUUUUGAAGUUUCCUCUGUGAAGUGCUUAAAGGAUGAUGUGGAAGAGCAGGAAAGCAGCAGAGUUGGGAGUGUCAUGUCAAGGUCCUCUCUGCAGUCCAGAGAGAGCAAGAAGAAUCGAUGUGAGGAAACAAGUAGUGGGGGUAGAAGCAUGUCCUCCUGCAGCCUCCAGAAGGCAAAUCAAGAAGAUGACACUAGGUGCCUCACUCCUGCCGACAGUGUGCACAGUAAGUCUAGUAACUGUACCACACCAAAAGCAAGGAGUGAACAGGAUGACCACUCUGAUGACAAUGCAGUUGUCUCCUCCUUCUCCAGUGAGUCAUGCCCUAAAAAAGAGGUUGAAGAGGUUGAAGGAGAACAAGAAGAAAAUGAAAUAAAUGAAGUCAGCUCAGUGUCAGCAAAAACAAAGCCCAGCCAAUCAAUUAGAGGUGAGAGCAGUGAAGGUGAACGAUGCUCUACACAAGGAACUUCCCAUUCCAGAGCUAGUGGCAGGAAUAGCAAGAGAAGUGACAGUGAUGAGAUCAUUCUGUGCAAUGCCUCUUGCUCUUCCAGAGGAUCCAAAAAGAGCAAGCACAGCCAUGUUCAUUUGGAUGCAAAGUCUGAAAUGUCUGUGUCUUCACUUGAAUCCACUCCAAAUAAAAAGAAGAAUUCCCUACAUGCAGAUGAUCUGAGGUCGUGCAGCAGGGCAUCUAAUUACUCCAAAAGCUCAUGUGAAAUCAAGAAAAAAUCUGUUGGAGACCCCAUGUCUCAUAAUUCAGGAUCUUUUCAAUCAAACAUUUCAUCUACUAGUGAAGCAGAGGCAAUUGCAGGUUUUACUGAGGAGAAAAGCUUGAAAAGUACCACCAAUGGCUACAGUGAAUCUUCAAAAGGCUCAAAGAAGAGAAGUCACAGAGAAGAAAAUAGCAAGCCAUCAUCUCUCUGCUCAAGUGUUUCAAGCCCUAAUGGAAAAGCUGGAGAAGGUCAUUCCAAGAUUAAUUCAGAGACCCCUUCUUCAAGACAAGGAAGUGUGAGUGAAAGCAUAUGUUCAAAAGCUGAGACUGGGAUUAGGAAUGGAAAGCCUUCAAGCGUCUCUUCAAGAGUCUCUUCAAAGUCUGAAAUAAAAGAUAAACACUUGUUGACCCAGAUAUCUCAGGAAAGCAAUGAUCAGUGUUCACAAUCAAAUAUAUCUCAGUCUUCAAAAUCAAGGCGGAUUAAAGCUAGAAAUCUUCAUGUGAAGACAUCAAACUCUAGCCAAGCAUCAUUGCCUGACACUUUGUCAGUACCCAGCAUGCAUUGCCCUGCCCCUCCAAAAGGGAAGCCAAAGAGCAGAAAAAUACAUACAACCAUGUUGAAAAAUUCCUCCAUUAGCAGCAUGGGUUCUGAAUCAGUGUUGACCACAGGAAAAGAGGCAAAAGAAAUCAUAGAUUCCUCCAAAGCAACUUCUUAUGGGUCUAAAUCAGCUGCAACCGAAGUAAAUGAUAAGAAGAAUAAAGAGAUUUGUGACGUUUGCAAUACAAAUGUGGAGGAAGAGUUAGAAGGCACAGGCACACAGGAAGAAGGGAGUGAUUUGAUGCCAUCUACUCUACCAAAUACAUCUCCAGAAGAAGUUGUGCAAGAAUGGCUAAGUAAAAUCCCUUCAGAAACAUUGCUUAUGAAAUACGAAAUGGAGGAUGAUGCAGAAGAGGAAUGUGCAGAGGCCACCACAGAGGUAUCACACUGUACAAAUGCUGAGGAAAUCUCAGAGGAUGAAAAAGCUGAGCAAAAGAAUGUGGAGGAGGUUGAAAAUGAGGCAAAGGACGAAGUAGGAAAAGAAACAGCAGAAGACGCUUCUGUCAAUGAAGAGAUUGAAGAAUGUAUGAAUCAGGAACAAACUUGUGAGACUGUGUCUGAAGCUGGCAAGGCUGACCAGGCAAAAUGCAGCCAGUCAGUUACAUCCAGCCAAAACAACAACAGAAGAGACCUGCCGACCUCUGUCCAGACUUCUGUCCAGAUCAUGAAGGCCUUGCUUAGUUCGAAACAUGAAACAAAAUUUGACCGAUCAAACAGUUUGCCUGAAGUAUCCCCUACUAUGGGGAGAAAAUUAAGUAACUCUGCCAACAUUUUGAUAACUUGUCUUGCCAGUCUCCAGCUCCUUGAUGAAGCGUCAGAAGAUCCCUCAGAUAAAUCAAACCGUUUGAAUAAGCCAAGGUAUAUGGAGCUGCUAAAUAUUUUUCAAGCCCUGUGGUUUGGCUGCACAGCUGAAAAAAGUGGUCCAAUUUUAGGUCAAGAGACAAGUGAGAAGGUAAAUCCAGCCUCUGGGUUUAAAGCCCCAAAGUCUAUAGAUUACGACUUCACUCCCAUGUCCUCCUCUGGGGUUGAUGUUAGCAGUGGUUCUGGUGGCUCAGGAGAAGAGAGUGCAGCUGGUGCCAGGGACUGCACUUUAGCGGCACAGAAAACUGCUGAAUUCAAAUCAGCUGGACAAGUGCGAAAUGUAGACGCUGGCACUGAACUGACUGAAGAUCAGGAGAAAAUUAAAGAGGAAGAGCAGUCAUCCCGACCUUCGACAGCCUGCUCAAAAUCAAAAGGUGAAGAAAAUGUGCAGCCUACUAGGGAGGAAUCUCUAAUUCAGGAGGCAGAAGGGGAUGAGAAGGAACAGUGCAGUAACUGUGAAAAUGGUCAGGAGGAAGGGGAAAAAAAUGAAAAUGAAGAAGACAGCAAACUAACUGAAAAUGGAGAUCAAGAAGAAGCUGAAGCUGUAAACAAUGAACUCACAAAAGAAGAUAUUAAUGAGAAAGCUGAUCAGAGAGCCACUACCGAUGCUACAAGUGUCAAUGAUGCCGAUUGUGGGACAGAACUGAAAGGUGAUUUGGAAGAGCAACUUGAAAAACAGUCAUCAAAUGACCCAAAGCCCAGCGCCAAUGUGGCCACUAGUGUGGGUACAUCCCUUGUCCAGACAAACUCAGUGGAUCCAGAUCCAGUCUGGGUCCUGAGACUCCUCAAGAAAAUCGAGAAAGAGUUCAUGACUCACUAUGUCAGUGCCAUGAAUGAGUUCAAAGUGAGAUGGAACCUGCAGAAUAAUCAGCAGAUGGAUGAAAUGAUACUGGAGCUGAAGGAGGAAGUGAGCAAAAGGAUACAAAGAAGCAUAGAGAAGGAGCUUAGGAAGAUCAAAACUAGAGCAGGGAAGAAGAUUCCAAGACCUCCAGAUGAACCAUUGAAGCGUGAGUCAACCCUCCAAACCGAGCAGAGGAGACGGCGAUUGCAGACUAUGCGUAAAAAGUCACUCUUCAGUGACAAGAAUGGAACUCAGAGCAGGCUAGAGGACACAACAGACUUAUCGUUUGACAUGGAGGAAGAUACGGCAUUUAGUGCAGCUUUUGAGGCCAGUAUCAGUAAACAAACAAGUGAGGAGGAAUACUGCCCAUGUGACUCUUGUGUGAGGAAAAAAAUAGCUUCCAAGCCCACAAGAAACCCAGUGGUGGCCACAAAUGCCCCAGUCAUGAAAGCAUUUGAUUUACAGCAAAUCCUGAGGUUGAAGAAAAAUGAUGAAGAAGCCUGUGUCUCAGAAGCAGCCCAGGACAUCGAAACAAUUGCCAGCAGUUCUGUGAAAGAAGCAGGAGAAAAUGGCAAUUCAAAUGAGAAUGAUGAGGGUGAACUCCAGCCAAGUGAAACAGAAAUGGAAGGCAAUGAAGAAAAGGAGCCAGAAGUAAAUGAAGUGGGCAGCUCAGUGUUGAAUGAAGAUGGAGAAGGAUGUGAACUAUCAGAGAGUCAAAAUCAUGACAUGGAGGAUGAAGUUAAAGACGAAGAAGCUGAAGAAGUGGGGGAAGAUACGCAAGAGAGACAAGAGGAAGAAGAAGCAAAAGAGGAGGAAGAAGAGAAAGAGGAAGAAGAAAUUAUGAAGGCAGGAGAAGAGGAGGAAACAAAAGAGGAAUCAGAGGGAGAAACAGAAGAGAAAAAUGAUGAGGAAGUAGAAGAAGAAACAAAGGAGGAAGAGGAAGAAGAGAAAGAGGAAGAAGAAAUUAUGAAGGCAGGAGAAGAGGAGGAAACAAAAGAGGAAUCAGAGGGAGAAACAGAAGAGAAAGAUGAUGAGGAAGUAAAACAGGAAGCAGAAGAAGAAACAAAGGAGGAAGAGGAAGUAAAAGAGGAGGAAGAGAAGGAGGAGGAGGAAGAAACAAAUGAGGGGGAGGAGGGAGAAACAAAAGAGGAGGAGGAAGAAGCUGAUGAGAAGGAGGAAGAUGCAAAAGAGGAGGAAGAGGAAGAAACAAAAGAGGAAGAGGAAGAGGAAGAGGAAGAGGAAGAAGUAACAAAGGAGGGUGAAGAAGCUAAAGAAGAUGAGGAAGAAACAAAAGAGGAGGAGCAGGAAAUAGAAGAAAAGGAAGAAAAUCCAGAAGAGGAGGAGAAAGAAGUGGAGGAAGGGGAGGAGGAAGCAAACAAGGAAGAGGAAGAACAAGAAGAAGAAAGUCAAAAUGAAGAGCAGGAAGCUGAAGAGAAAUCUGUAGCUGCAGAUGAAGCUGACAAUGAAGCUGAAGAAGCAGAGGAGCCAGACGAUGAGGACGUUGAGGCUGAUGACGAAGAAGAGACAUCUGAAUGCAGAGGAGAUGCUGAUGGCUGUGAAACUGACAACAAUCCUGAAGGAGAUGCUGCAGAAGGAAGUGGAGAAGCUGAGCAGGAUGAAGAUGAUGCAGUGGAAGAUGCAAAUCCAGAGUCAGAACAGGAGGCAUGUUCAGCUGAGGAGGAAAACAACGGUGAAGGAGAUGAAAAAAAUGCUGAGAAAAAUGAGGAAUCUAUCUGUGACAACCCUGACAAAGCACAUGAAAAACAUGAAACUCUGAACAAAGCAGCCGCCUUUUCUUGUUACUCUUCUGUGGGAAACUUCUCACAGGAAUCCCAGAAGGGAUCUGAAGAUGAAGAUGAUGAGGAAUGCAAAGAUGACAAUAACCCCACAAGUAACCACAUCGAUGAAGAGGGUCAAAAUGAUGAGAGUAGCAAACCCUCACAGAUGUAUCCUGACAGUGAGGAAGAAGAUGACAAAGGUUCUUCAUUCACUGAUCCUUUGGGAGAUGAGGACCAGGCAGAUGCUGCAGAUGCAAAUGCAGAUCCAAAGGAGGCUGAACACACUGAUGAAGUCCAGGCUUCUAAAAAGAAAGAAAACUCUGAUGAGAUUGACCAGGAUGACCUGGACUUCUAGAACUGCUUAUGAAAAACUGCUUUUUCUUUUCUUUCUUCUUUUCUUUUUUUUUUUUUUAAAGUAUAUUUUCAUUACAUAUUACAGUUUCUUCAGUGAGUCGAGCCAUCAUAAUUGGCUUUUCUUCUGAGUUAAGUGUGGUAAACUUGAUCUUGAAUGCUGUGAGUAACAUUGCAAUUACCUGCCCUCAUUUCUAGAGGGCCAGUAAACCCGUUAAAAUUUAGUGGUUUCUAUAGAAAAGUGGUACAAGGAAAGGGGAGGCUGUUGUAAUUGUGAUAUUUUCUUGUUCUCACUCUUUAAGCUAUUCUAUUUGCUGCUUGAGUGAUCUGUGGCUCUGCUGGGCAUCGUCUCUGAAUGACUUCAGGAUGCCUUUUGUCUGUUGCAUGCCAUUUUCCUGGAAAGAUUGCCAAUCCAUAGAAACAUGAAAAAAUCUGGAUUCAUUGCCAAAGUCUGGUCAGAGCCCACAGAGAUGUAUAUUCAUUUUCCCCAUACCCUACCCUACGCCACACUCUUUGUACUCAGAAAAGGGGUCUGAAAUAUCAGUCUUUUCCCAAAUGUGAUGGGUUGAACUUGGCUGCAAGUCAGGUGCCCACCAAGGUGGUCUAUCAUUCCUCUCCUCAGCAGAACAGGGAGGGGAGAAUAUAAGAUGGAAUAAACCUUGUUGGACAAGAUAAAUGCAGUUUAAUAAAGCAAAACAUAGGAAAACAAAAGCUUUCUUCUCUAUUUGCCAUCAGCAGCUGAUGUCCAUCCGUUUCUGUGGAAGUACGGCGUCAAUACAUGUAGAGGUAGCUUCAGUAGGCAAAAAUUGUAAUAACAAAUACCCACCCCUUCUUUCUCCUAGCUUUUAUUGCUGAGCAGACACUGUAUGAUGCUAUCAACACCUUUCUAGUUAUCAGUACAAAGGACAACGCCAUGAGGGUACUACGGGGAAAAUUAACACUAUCUCAGCCAGACCCAAUGCAAUCUCCACUCAUUAUUCCGUAGCAUUUGCAUACUCAGGUCCUACAUAAUUUAAUACAUAUAUAUCUCUAUAUCUAACAACAAUGUUGUAUUUCAUUCUCAUUAUUGUUUGGGGUUUUUUUAACAACACUUACAACUUAAAGCAACUUUAGACCCAACAUACAGAUUUAUACGUUCUCAUUAACUACUAUCCCCUGUCCUUUAACAGAUAGAUAUUACUCUCUCAGUCCAUGGGCUUCCUCCACUCCUCCACAUGUUUGUAAGAACAGGCUAUGACUUGGACCCCAUCUGUCAGGGUGGAUGUUCAGG